AUGGCCCCAAAAACCAAGCCAACGAAGGAAGAAAAAGCAAUUAUAGAAGUGGCUGGUAAAAUCGAAGAUACGGAUGAAAUGAAGCUUCAAAUGCUGGAAGCGCUUGACACAAAGAGCUCUGGCGAUAUUUUAUAUCCUCCAGAACUCAAUGCCCAUUUAAUUGAGCAAUUAAAGGUGAUGACUUGCGAAAACAAUGAACUUCGCAAACUUAUAUUCACAAAAGACAAAGAAAUAAAAGAAUCCAGCAAAUCUGUCGAAGAACUUCAAAACCGUAUCCGCGAUAUUAUAUCCGGAUCCGGUCCGACAAUAUCUGCAAAAUCCGCAGGUAUAAUCAGCCAGAAAAUUACUGACCUCUGCAAACAAAACAGGCACCUAGUAGCUGAGGUUGAAAGUUAUAAAACUAAAAACGCUGCAUUGGAGAGAAAAAUAAUGCAACUUGAUAUAAUUAACAAAGAACACGAGAAUCUCGAUGUUUGCUUGUGCAAAGAUCAUAAAAUGGAUGGAAUAAGUCCUGAUGAAUUUAAAGAGCUUACUGUGAAGCUUGCUGCUGUAAAUAAAAAGCUCUGUGAAACUAAAAAUAGAAAUCUUGAGUUGAAAAACGAGAUACUUGGAGCGACUAAAAUAUUGCAACAAGAACUUGGUGAUAAAUUUACAAGCAUCAAAGAGUUGCAACACGAUAUCGCUGGUUGGAAAGGUAGAGCCCAACAAAUAGUCUGUCUUCAAGCUAAAAUAGCAGAACUCGAAGACAAGUUGAACGUUAAACAAUUGGUUGAAAAGACUGAAACAAAAAAAUUUGAUCAAAAUGCUAUUAUUAGAGAAAUAGAACAAAAAAGAAAGAAAGAAAUUGACAAAGCUUUAAAAGAUUGCGACGAGAUUAAAGAGGAGAAUCAAGCCUUGAAGAAAAAGUGGGAAGCCGCACGAUGCAGAGUCCGUAAUUUAGAAUGUGACGCUACACUUAUAAGACAGAAAAUGCAAACAUUUAUGGAGAAAAGUAAUCAUGAUGAUAUGCUUAUUAAUGAACAAAGGAAUCAAAUAAAAACUCUGGAACUCUAUUAUCAAGAAAUUCUAAAAGAGAACACGAUGAAAAUGAAUAAAAUGCAAAAGGAAAUAAAUGAAUAUCAGAAACAAAACAAAAAUACGGAAGUCAAAAUUGAUGCUCUCAGAAAACAGGCCACAGAAAAAGCAACUAAAAUAGAAGAACUACGGGCGCAAUUACUUAGAUAUGAAGAAUGCUCCCUUCAAAGCGUUUUCUUCACGCCAACAAAGACUGCAACUGAUAAUGAGAUCAAAAAGCUUUCAGAUUUGGUCGUCAAGCUCAAUGAAAGACUCGAUAUUGAAAGACACAAUAACGAAGAGUUGGACACGAGUCACAGAAAAUUAAAAGAAAAAAAGAAAAGAUUGGAGAGGAAAGUUGCAAAGUUAGAAGCAGAUUUAGAGAAAAUGAAAGAUUCAAGAAAAGGGUCCAAGUUAUCUAAAAUUUCUUUAACAAAAGAUGCAAAUGAUUUUAGUGCUAUAUCUACUAUGACAAAACGAAAGUCGUCUACAGGAGUUAUCCCAGAGAAACCUACUGAGAGCAAGAGCAGUACUACAACCGAUUCUCCUCCUGCACCUACGGAAACUAUAGAAAGCUUCGAUAAAGAUGAGCUAAAAUACAAAUUGGAAUUAACCGAAGAAAAAUUGAAAAUAAUGGAAGAUAAAUUUAAAAUGCUUGAAGAAGAAAAGCGAGAUGACUACCAAUAUUUAGUAGACAUGAUUCAAAAUUCAAAACAGUUAUUCAAUGAAGCAUUAUUAGUUUUGCAGAAAGAGAAAUGCAUUUGCACGAGACAUAAUGAAUGUUGA